AAUUGCCAGCCAAGCCAUUCAUGAUUUCGGAGGAACGGCUUAUGCUCACGGAUCCUGAGCUGCUGCCGGACGCACGCAGUGUUCCUAUUCACAGUAAGCCUAAAGAACCACGACCGACUUCUGCCCGCAGUGAAGCUGGUAGUACAAGAAGAGCGGACAUAGGCAGGGACUUGCAGAGGAACGUAACUGUCGAGGCUUCGCAGACUGAUAAGAAGGCUGGCCAGUGCGCGUUCAGGAACAUGGCUGGCUCGGAUAUUGUUAUACACGUUUAUGAUGAAAACAGAAAUGCUAAAAGGGACUUUUUCUGCAAACGAUCCCUGCUGAUCGGGCAGAUGAGCUACUUCUCCAGUUAUCUGUAUGACCGCACGGCGGAGGAGAAUGUGGAAAUCGAUGUGCACUGCGAUGUGGAAGUGUUUGAAUGGCUCAUGGCCUACAUAACGCGACGAAAGCCGGCAUUUGAGGCGCGGACGGCAAUCAGUAUCCUUAUUAGUUCAAACUUCCUACAGAUGUCAGCAUUGGAGGACCAGUGCCUGAAAUAUGUUCAUGAUCACAUAAACGAGAUACUAAAAGUUCCCAUUGACAUGGGCUGCUUGAGCAAUAUCCUCCUGCGCAAGCUUGCAAGUUUAUUCAGCGUCGAUGAGCUGUCAACGAUCACUGACCCGCGCGAUAAAAUCUUGAGUCAAUUGUACUUUACAAAGCUCAGCGAGAUGUUGUCAUCGGCAACUGGCAAUGUUAUUCGACGCUGCAUACAGUGUGGGAAACCCUACGCACGCAAACAAGAAGCGAACCUCCGCUGCAGGCGAGCAAGUCUCACAUUGGACACGCACGGUCGUUUGCACUCUCUACAUGAGAGAGAUCCCCAAUUUGACAUCAAUGAAUACAUCGCAGGACUCCAUGCAGGUGGCCUAUCAUGGAAGGAAGUGUAUUGGAGAAUUUGGGGAACCCUCAAUCAUCAGCAUUGCACAACCUGCGAUGAAAUAUUUGCUUGCGUAGACUAUACUACAUGUGCGAGACACACAAGCAUAGUUAGCUUUCCACCAGGCGAAGCACUGAAAGGAUAUUAUCCAUGUUGUGGAGCGCAGGAGUUGAAAUUCAACCCAUUUCAGCUACCCAAGGGAUGUCGUCAGUUCACCCACACCCCGAGUUCAAUGAGCCAUGAGAUAAACGGAAUAUUCCGUUCUCACAUGGCGUAUAUCAUUCGCCCCCCAGGCCCAACGGCUGAGAACGAUCCGCCAUCGCAAUGCGUAGCCGCUGCUGUCGAAAAUGAUUCAAUAGCUGGAAGUGAAAAGAGGGUUUCCUCCAUGGUCAAUACCUUUGUAGAUGUUUUCAGUGUGUGGAAGCCACCAGUGCAGGUGUGGGACUUUAAACGCUUCAACUCGAAGGAACAACUCCUUACCGCGAAUCCAAACGCUUCCAACUUAUCUUCUUCCGGUACUGUACAUGGCUCGGAUUCGCGGAUUUUUGCGGUUCCUCUUGUAAAUAGGAAAUCACAGCACGCGCAAAGGACAGAAGACACAGCCAGGCUGUAUGCGAUGAUCAAACAAGGAAGAUUGACCUGUAGGAAGAAUCUUGGAUGAUACCCAGUGUAAAAUAGUAUAAAUAUGAAUAGAAUAUAUUCAAAU